AUGGAACAACUCACAUCCUCCAUCGCACCCCCUCGCUCUUCGCCAAAGUCAAGCGCGCCGUCUUCCACCCAACAAGGCGCGGGCAGUGUCGCCAAGAGACUCAGUAAUGAACUAAUGACUCUAAUGAUGUCAUCAUCUCCCGGGAUUUCUGCGUUCCCCAAACAUGACGGGAACCUCUUUGAAUGGGUCGGCACAAUAGAAGGACCCUCUGAGACGAUCUAUGCGGGCCUUACUUUCAAAAUUUCUAUUUCUUUCCCUCCAAAUUACCCAUAUGUAGCACCUACCAUCAAGUUUGACACCCCCUGUUAUCACCCGAAUGUUGAUAUCUCUGGAGGGGCUAUCUGUCUCGACAUCCUCCAAGACAAGUGGUCUGCAGUGUACAGUGUACAGACAAUUCUGCUCUCUUUACAGUCUCUGCUUGGCGAACCCAACAAUGACUCUCCUCUGAAUUCUGAUGCGGCAUCACUCUGGGACGAGCCCGCUGUGUUCAAGACGCAGCUGAUGAAGCACUAUCGACCGGUCAGCGACUCUGCAUGA